AUGCUUACAGCCGCGUAUGCCGAGCUCGGCAAGGCGGGCUCGACCAAGUACCGGGCGGCGGCCGCCGCGCGCAACCUGCUAUACCUGGCCAGCGGAAAGAGCGCUGUACACGUCGUAGACGCCAUCUCUUGCCAAACCUUACGGACGUAUUAUGUAGAUGAUUCGGAAGAGAAGAUAGAGAAGAUUUUGGUGCUGGAGGACAGUCCGUUUGACAGUCACUACUUUAUAUCCUUGUCGGACACGGGCUUGGUUCGUUUGUGGAACGCUGCGGGCCAAGUGCUAGAUGUGUUACGGCUGGCGAGUCCCGCUCGGGACGUGGCGGUGCUGGGUAUGAGGAUCUUUGUGGCCUGCAUGACGGGCAACGUGCACGAGGUGGUGGUGGAUGACGUGGAGGGGACGACGGCGCCGUUUGCUUUGCGUGCGGGCCGAGUAAUGUUGAAGGGCGCUUGCGAGAAGGGUGAGUGCUUGACGAGUGUUAGCGUCCUCUCGGCCUCGCUGGGCUUCGUCGGAACCGACGACUCCCGUCUGGUGCCCUUCAACCCCAGCGCGGGGGGACCCGUAGGUCACUGCAUCAAACUACCCUGCAAGACCUCUGGGGUUCUCAAACGGCGGCGCAUCGAGCCGCAGCUGGAGCCGCUUCCCGCGGUGCUAGAUGCCGGCGUGAAUGUGUUCAAGCUGGCGGCAGAACAGGAAAAACAGCGAGAGGAGGCGGUGCGCAGGGCGGAGCGCAAGUUUCUAGAGGACAAGAACGUCAUCUGCGCCCUCCGGCCGCUGGACGCCACCACACUGCUCGUUGGAGACAGCAGCGGGCAGGUAUGUCUGGUGGAUGCAACCACCUUUACAAUUUUGCAAGAAUAUCAGGAACCGUACCGCGCACCCGUCAUGGACAUUACUGUUGUUGACGGACCCAGGCAGCGCUCGUUUUUGACGGCCUCGCUGUCGGGCAAGGUGAGCUUGUACACUCUGACGUCGGAAUCUGAAUUUUCGCCCACGUGUGUGCGGCAAGCGCAGUACAGCGAAUGUGUCGCGGUUCUGGUCCUGAAGCCCUCAGAGCGCAUCGUCGCCGUCACCGCUGACGGCACUAUAAGGAGUUAUUUCUCUUUAAAGGAGUUCGGCUGUCUCCGGAGCCACGGCGUUGUCCAGGAGGCCAGCACGCCGCUGGAAAACGCCAAUAUGUACGGAGCUGACAAUUUGCUGUUGGAGGGGGCGGGAACCAAGGUGCUGAUCGCCUGGGGUAUCACCAUCUCGUCUAGUAAGAACGGGGGCAAGCUGCACGCCGCCAUUUUGGAGCGGGCGCGGUCGGCGCUGCGGAACCCGCUCUGCCAAGCCUUGGACAAAAUAGACACCAGCGAGAGGCCCGUGGAUGUGGUGAAAAUUGCUGAAGUGAAACUGCGGCACGCAUUGACGCACGCAACGGUCUGUUGGUCCAAAGGAUACGAGUACGUUAUCUUUGUGAACAUGACUAACGGACGAUCCGCCUUCAUCGGCCUGAACACGCAGAGUUUGGAGGUGAAGGUACUGGAGAAGAAGGAGAAGAAGACCAUAAUAAAGACCUUUGGCAAGACGAUGAUUACGGGAAUUUGGCCGCUGCCUAAAGGGGAUGAUAUUGACCAAUUUUUGGUUGCCACUGCCACAGUCGAGUUGAACGAGCGCAAGCACCCCGUCGUGUCCGCCGGCCUACAUCUCGUCAACUGGGAACAGGACCGAGUGAUGGAGCUCUACCGCGCGACGCAUGACCCCAUUUCGCGUAUAGUUGUGUCGCCCGCCGUAGACGGAGACAACCGACUGGUUUUGCUCCAGAGCGUUGACGGAGUGAGGCCGUCCAAGUUGCUUGCGCUCUCUUCGGCCGGGGAGGUAACAAGCCUCGUAGACGUCCAGCGGUCCGCCAACGCCUGGGCCGUUGGUACCAACCAGUUAAUGGCAGUGGACGGCCCCAGGGGGACCGCUGACGUGUAUGACGUGACCACGAAGACCUGGAUACAUAAAAUGUUCAAUCUGAAACCAGAGAACAACAGUUCCCCUGUUCUCGUCCACUCGGCCGCCUUCGUCUCUCCAUCUCAACUGAUUCUAGCCACCCACACACACAUCUUCCUCGUGGAUGGCAACACCAUAACCCCAAGACCGAAAACGCCAUCCCAAGGGGUGCGCCAAACCAUUGCCGGUCAAGACUGCGUUAAGGCCAACAUUGACACAACCCAAAUAAUACAAAGCAUCAAAGCCCUUGGCGACAAUAAUGUGUUGGUGCUGGUGACGGACUUGGAAGAUGAAGCAGUCUUCAAGCCAAGGUUGUAUGGUUGCGUUUGA